AUGUCUCAUAUCGUAUCAUUGCGUAGUGUCUCUUUACGUGCACUACGUGCAGGUACAACGUGUACAUCUUAUUCCCAUCAUAAUCAUCAUGAUUUAGUUUCAAACGUAUUAUCAACAAGUCCAACAUCGACACGAUUAUCAUCAACAUUAGUUAAAAAAGUGAUAACUGAACAAACAUUAUCAUUGGAAAGUAAUCAUGGAACAUUAACAGUUCCUUCUAGUCUCUCUUAUUCUACUAAGCCAACAUUAUUAUCUUCAUCAAAAGUUCGCAAUAAUUUUACAAGAUCUUUUUACACAAGUCGAGUUCUAUAUGACUCUGUUAGUGUUAAGACGCCAACAUUUCCCGAAAGUGUCAAAGAGGGAACAAUUAGAUUAUUGAAGAAAGUUGGUGAUAAAGUACAAAUAGAUGAGACAAUCGCUGAGAUUGAAACAGAUAAAACAAAUUUACAAGUAAACGCUCCUCAAGGUGGAACGAUUGAAGCUGUUCUGGUGGAAGAUGGAUCAAAUGUUGCCGCAGGCGCUGAUUUAUUUAAAAUCUCUCAGGGUGAUGGUGGUAAAGAAGAAUCAAAACCAGUAAAAUCGAAAGAAAUGGAGAAAGAUGAACAACAACCAUCGAUAAAAACGAAGGACAAGCGCCAAGAAAAUGAAUCAUCAAAAGAACAACAAUCAAAAAAAGUAACUGAUGAGGGUAUAGGAUCAGCACCGAGUAAAGUACCGACUGCUCCCCAAGUGUCCAAAACAUCCACACCACAAACACCAUCGAAAGCAUCACAACAGGCACCAUCACUACCAAGCGGUGGGGCAGAUCCUAAUAAGAUUACGGGAACGAGAACUGAAACACGUGUGAAAAUGUCGAGAAUGCGUUUGAAAAUAGCUGAACGACUUAAGGAGGCCCAAAAUACUUGUGCCAUGUUGACAACAUUCAACGAAAUUGAUAUGAGUAAUGUAAUGGAUUUACGGAAAAAAUUUGGUGAAAGUUUUCUUAAACGUCAUAGUCUUAAAUUAGGCUUUAUGUCUGCUUUUGUUAAAGCAUCUGCUUGUGCGUUACAAGAUAUUCCUAUAGCUAAUGCAGUGGUUGAUGGUGCUGAAAUUGUUUAUCGCGAUUAUGUUGAUAUUAGUGUAGCUGUUGCAACACCAAAGGGAUUGGUUGUGCCUGUAUUAAGGAACGUUGAAAAAAUGAGUUAUGCUGAUAUUGAACGAUCUAUCGGUGAAUUUGGCGAAAAGGCGAAGAAAGGUUCAAUAUCAAUUGAAGAUAUGGAUGGCGGAACAUUUACUAUUAGUAAUGGUGGCGUAUUUGGUUCUCUGUUUGGUACACCUAUUAUCAAUCCACCACAAUCAGCGAUAUUAGGAAUGCAUGGAAUAUUCGAUCGACCAGUUGUCAUUAAUGGAAAGAUUGAAAUUCGACCAAUGAUGUAUGUUGCAUUAACAUAUGAUCAUCGUAUAUUGGAUGGACGUGAUGCCGUCCUAUUUCUUCGAAAAAUAAAACAAAAUGUCGAAGAUUCACGUGCAAUUUUUCUAGAUAUUUAG